CGGGUCGCCCUUGGUCCCGAGCCGUGCCGGCGAAGGGAGCUGCGAGGAGGCAGAGCCGGGGGCGAGGGGCGCCCCAUGCCGCCCCGCUCAGCCCCGAGCCGGGUGAGGCUUCCCGCUAGGAGCGGGCCCCGCUGCGCCCCGCGCUCCCAGGUGCGGCCCAUCCUCCUGGAGCCGGCCCGGGGGCGGGGCGGGGCGCGGCGCCGUCGAGGAGGGGGGCUGGGCUGAGCGGGGCUGGGGCGCCAUGGAGGCCAAGCCAGCCACGGGCUUCGUGCUGCGGGAGCUGCUGGCGCCGGGCUGUCUGGACCCCAAGCCCACCCCGGGACCCCCCGCGGGGCACGAGCCGAUGACGCCCGCAUGCCUCGGACCCAGGAGCAGGUUACACUUCUGGCGCGUUUGCAAAGACCCGGUCAGCGCCCUGCGCGUCUUCCGCGAGAGACCACCGAGGCUCCCCCGGCCCCCUGGCGGGCACGCGCAGGCCCUGGGGCCCGGCUGGGAGCCAAUGGCCCUGGGGACAGAGGACCCCCUGCCUCUGGCCAGGGCAGCCGAGGCAAUCCAGGGCAGCGCAUCUGCCUGCAGGCAGAAGUGCCUCAGCCUGGAGCCCCCGAGGGCGCCCCCCGCCCCGCCCCAGAGGCGGCCCCGGAAGCAGCCAGAGCCACGGAGGGGCAUGGAGAAAGCGGACCCUCAGUUCCAAGGGGUGACCUUGAACUUUGCGAUAAAGCCAGAUGCCAGCCUGCAGAUCACGCCCAGCUACAGCCCGGCCCAUGGCAGCAGCCGCCGCCGCACCCAGGAGCCCCCACCAGGCCCCGCCGGGGGUCCUGAAGCCAACCCCCCGGGAGGCAGCGAGAUGCUGGGGCCGCGGCGCUGCGCUUCCUGUCGGACCCAGAGGACCCCGCUCUGGAGAGAUGCGGAGGACGGCACCCCACUCUGCAAUGCCUGUGGUAUCAGGUACAAGAAAUACGGCACCCGCUGCUCCCGCUGCUGGCUGGUGCCCAGGAAAAGCGUGCAGCCCAGAAGGCUGUGUGGCAGGUGUGGGGUGUCCCAGGGGUCCCGCCAGGGCCCUGCUCAGGACGCAUAGGCCAGCCCUCCCCCCACGGAGCCUCUGGUGGGGCGAGUGAGGAGAGCACCCGCCCGCCUCGUGCCUGGCAGGUCCCCUUCAGGGGUCCCGGGUGGGUGCUGCGGGCCCCUCGUCGCGGCCGGCUCGUCCGAGCCCCUCAGGAGCCGCCGUGGGCCACGGCGCUCGUGUUGUACUGAGCAGCGACAAUAAAGCAGACAGAGCCAUUCCCA